AUGAGUGGAUUCGUUGGUAACCUGUCAUCGGAUCAGGAGAAGAUGCUUGCUGAGGUCAGGAAGAUGCUCGCUGAGAACACUGAUCCAGUAAUUCAGGAAGAGAUAAGCAAGUUGGAUGACUCUAUGAUUCUUAGAUUCUUGAGAGCCAGGAAAUGGGUACUGAAUGAUGCAUACAAGAUGUUGCUCGAUGCUCUGGUAUUCAGGGCAACAUUCCAAGAGAUUGGAGUGGAGAAGAUCACAGAAGAGAGUGUGGAGAAUGAGCUAAAGACUGGAAAGAGUUUCUUCUAUGGCUGGGACAAUGGUGGAAGACCAGUGUGUAUCAUCAGAACGAGGAAACACGAUAGCUCACAGCGCGACAUCCAGGAGGCACAUCGCUAUUGUGUCUACUUCAUGGAGAAGGGCAAAGCAUUGCUCCCACCAGGAAUUGAAACAUGUACUCUUAUAUUCGAUAUGACUAGCUUUAGCACAAAGAACAUGGAUUAUGAACUUGUCAAGUUUAUCGUGGAUAUGUUCCAAAAGUAUUAUCCAGAAUCACUGAACAAGUGUUUGAUUGUUAAUGCACCAUGGAUAUUCACUGGAAUUUGGAACAUUAUCAAGCAUUGGAUGGACCCAAUCACUGUUGGCAAAGUCAACUUUGUAAAGUCCAAACAACUCAUUGAAUACAUCCCAGCCGAACAUCUCUUGGCAUCAUAUGGUGGAGCAAGCACAUGGAAGUACACAUACAAAGGAAUAACUGUUGAGGACUAA